CCAUCAGUGUGCGGCAGGGUUUGAUGCAGCAGGCUAUAGUGUCACGGCUCACCAGAACACCAAAACACGCUUAAAUUUAAAAAAAAAUCUGUGUCGCCAUUCAAAAAGGUUGCACCUAGUAUAUAUGGGGUUCAAAUUACUCGUAAUCAGUGGGUAAAAAAAAACACGUAGCUGAUUGUGGUGAAACUGUAGUAAUACCCAAAAAGUCACCUGCAUCACAACGUAAUCGCCUACGUCCGGUGAGAUACAGUAUUAUGACACAACUACCACAUCCUAUGAGUCCACAGUAUCACGACACGUAAGGACAAGGACAAGGAUCGUGAAGAAAGCUACAGCACGGUCCAGUGAACUCAGGCGGCCAGGCCGACAAAGUACUGGGAGACCGUCGCGUCAAGGACACACGUAUACCCACCCCUCAUCACAGUGGACUGAGGAGAGUUCAGGAAGUAGUGUUCGGUUUAUCCCACUGUGAGACGCAUCUGCACGCCUUGACGCGACACCAUAUUAACAACAAACAACACAUUUUCGUCACUUUUCUCGCAGUGAUGAUGAGGGGCUGGUGGUGCAUGACGCUGGUGGCGGUGCUGUGCACCGCGGCAGGUGCUGCAGGCUGUGCAAGGCGUGCUACCACCACCACCACCACCACAGCACCACCUAUAAUAGAGCCAGAAAUUCAGACAAUAAGAACAUCCUCCCAAAAUCAUGCAGGAGGAAGCAGGGGACAAGGAGGAAGUAGAAGCAGAAGUUCAACAAACAGUGUCAUGUCAACUACUCAGCUGCGAGCUGCAAGUGAAGAGCUGUUGGCAGUAGAUACAGGAAUGACCCAACCAUCCACCAAUGUGCAGGGCAAGACCUCAGGCAGUGUUACAGGGGAUGCUGCACCACGCCCUUUGUUCACAUCUGUGCCACGCACAUCUCUGUCCAAGGAUACUGUAAGACUCAUGCAGCAACUCCUAGAUAACUAUGAGCCACAAACAACAAGAAGGGAGACAAUAACCAAUGCUGAAAGAGCUGAAGAAAAUCAGUUCCUACAGGCACUCAUGCAGACUUCUGUCAUGCAGAAACUUGAAACCAUUCUGCAGCAAAAAAGUAAUCUCCUUCAAGGCAGACUUCGAGACAUACUCAAGCUAAUCUGGUUCACUCCAUACACUCGAGGUGGUCAACACCUUGCAUCAUCUGGCUUUGAGCAUGUCUUUGUUGGAGAAGUGAAGAACAGGAAAGUGUCUGGCUUCCACAACUGGUUAAGUUUCUUGAAGGAGGAGGGAGAAGGUGACCUUGACUAUAAAGGUUACAUUAAAAAGCUCGAUCUUGGUAACAAGGGUGAGAUAAUCAAGAUGCGGUUUGUGUGGCUGUCUGAUACCAAGCCUGUUGGAACAGUGUUUGUAGGUACUACCCCAGAGCUGGAGAUGGCCCUGUACACCCUAUGCUUCCUUGCCAAGCCCAACUCUCGAUGUCCAGUUCAGCUGAAUGGAAAGAAGUUCCAGAUCCAAACUUGGACUCAGUCUUACCAAGGGAAAACUUUAGUUGGUAGUGCUUAUCCAGAGAUAUAAGGUAAAAUGUAUGAAUGUACACACACUCAAAAAGGUAUCAUUACAAUAUGGUGUGACAAGUUUCACACCAAACAGGGUUGCUAAGCAUGUCUGUGCAGUGUCAAAUUGAAUCAAGCAGAAAAUAUAUGGGACAAGCAUUGAAUAUAGCUAAUAUCUAUAUAGUAAACAUAUAUUGCUUCAUUUAUGAGUGACGUUCAUUUGAAUCUUGCAAGUGUAGCUGCACUAACCCAAUGCAGAUAUACUGACAUCCAUCUUUAGUGUCAAUUUGUAUCAUGCUGAAUGUGUCAAUAAUUCUUUGAGUGUGUGUAUGUACAUGCUGAGUUUGAUGCCAUAAUGGAUCUUAUCACAUAUUGCAGGUGCUGAGCUGUUAUCUGUUUUCUAGGGCAUUGCAGAGGCUAAUACUUUUUCAUUAAUGGAAUACAUUUUUCCUUUCCUUUAGUCAUAUAUUUUCAUUGAAAUAUAUAUUCAUAAAACCAAUGAAAUAGUAAUGCUUUACAUUUACAGUGUAUGUACUGUUAUCAGUUUUUAAAAUAAUAUAAUCACUUGUAUACUUCAGUCUUCCUGCAAGCCAUUAUGAAAAUAUCAAUAGGAAGAUAAUAAUAUCAAAGUAUUAAUCCUUUAGAAAAUUUGUGGAGAAAAUAUAAAUAGUACUACCAAUG